GACUCCUUUUGGGACUGGGUGGUCGGCCCCGGCCUUGAUUAUGUGCCAUGCUGUCUCCUCCGGCUGUGGUUCUGCACCCCUACAGCCUGCCCGUCUACCCGCCGGCACCCCAAUGUUACUCCGGGCUGGUUCAGGGUAGCCCAGAUGCUGCGGUACCGCCGGCCGAGGCCAUGACACAGACGUUCCCGGCCCAGUACCCUCCACCCCCUCCCCAGCCUCGCCUGCCUCCGCAGUACCACCUCCACAGCACCCCUCCAGAGUACCCGUCGCCAACAGCACCGGAUCAUGGCCUGCGCCUCUUCCCCGAGCAAGGAACGGCUGCCCCGGAACCGUUGCCUCCACCCCCUGCGCCGGAAGAAGUCCCCGCGCCUGAGCUCUCCCCUGAGGUGGAGGAUGCCGAGAACGGAGAGAACAAAUCCCAACCCAAACGCCUCCAUGUCUCCAAUAUCCCCUUCCGUUUCCGCGAUCCAGACCUGCGGCAGAUGUUUGGGCAAUUUGGGAAAAUCCUGGACGUGGAGAUCAUCUUCAACGAGCGUGGCUCUAAGGGCUUCGGCUUUGUCACUUUUGAAAACAGCCAGGAUGCCGACCAGGCGCGGGAGAAGCUGAACAGUAGCAUUGUGGAAGGGAGGAAAAUUGAGGUCAACAACGCCACGGCCCGUUUAGUCACCAAGAAACCCCCAGCGACACCUGUGGUGAAUGGAUGGAAGAUUAAUCCUGUUAUGGGUGCUGUGUAUGCCCCUGACCUGUACACAGUGGCUAGCAUCCCUUACCCCAUGAUGGCCCCGGCUGCCCUGGCCUAUCGCGGGGCUCUCCGGGGACGUGGCCGAGCCGCUAUCUACAAUCCCAUUCGAGCAGCCCCUGCCCCCUCGCCGGUUCCAGCCUACGGCAGCGUGCUGUAUCCGGAUGGUCUCUACAGUUCUGACCUCUAUGGCUACCCUGCAGCUUACCGAGUGGCCCAGACCCCUGCAGCAGCUGCAGCAACGGCAGCCGCCUAUAGCGACGGGUAUGGACGGGUCUACACUACUGCUGAGCCUUAUCAUCAUGCGAUGACCCCCGCCUAUGGAGUCAGUGCCAUGGCCAGUUUGUACCGCGGAGGAUGCAACCGCUUCACUCCGUACUGAGGGACCAA